AUGCCAAUGAAAGGUGCAAGAAAUAAUCAUAAUGACCGUAUUUCUUAUUAUCAAUGGGUUCCAUUUAUUUUUGUUCUCCAAGCAAUUAUUUGUCAAUUACCUAAUUAUUUAUGGAGAAUUAGUAAUGCUCUUUCUAGUAAAAGACUUCCAUCAAUCCUCAAUCAAGCACACAAAGCUGCCGGGAAGGAUUGUGAAAAUAAUGUUGCUGCGGGUAUUGCAAGACAUUUAGCUUCGGUUUUGUUAGAUUCUGACAUAAAUAAUUUGGAGGAUAAAGAAUUGGGGAUUUUUUGGAAAUUUGGGGGUAUUUUAAUACAAAAUACACUUAGUUUUGUUUAUUUAUUAAUGAAAUGUCUUUUUCUUUUUGUUAAUAUUGGACAGAUGUUUAAAUCAUUUAUUACUUAUGGAUCUGCCUGGGAACACAAUGGAUUAUUUCCACGUGUUAGUCUGUGUGAUUUUAAGAUAAGAAUGUUGAAUGAUUUAUUUGCCAAUUUUACUGUUCAGUGUGUUUUAAUGGCUAAUUAUGUAAAAUUUAAAUUAAUUAAAUAA